AUGCUCGCCCUGGGCUCGCGCAACAGGUCGCGGGAGCUGCCCAAGGACCUGGCUUCGCAGGCCCUCACGCCGCAGCAGGCGGACCGCCUGAGCGCCGUCGUGGAGGCCCUGAAGCUCCGCCUCUGCAUCUCCGUCGCGGGCGCCCGGGCCCUGCGGGGCCAGCUGGGCGUCGGCGCGGGCGCCCACGACCCCGAGGAGGCCGAGUGCGAGGAGCAGGAGCCGCCGACGCCGCUGGGCCCGCCGCCGCCGCUGCACAGCCUCGACUCGGUGCCGUCGGUCGAGACGCCGGAGCCGCCCUCGGUGUCCACCCGGGGCUCGGGGCGCGCGGAGCCCGCGGUGUGCAGCGCCGACGAGUUCCGGCGGCAGCUGCUGCAGGAGCUGCGGCCGCCGCCCGGCCGGCAGGACGCCGGCGAGUUGGGCGCCUCGGGCGCCGGCGGCGGCCCGUCCCCCCGGCUCACGGAGCUCCUGUACCACGAGCUCUGCGCCAGCUCCGCGGCGAGGCUGCGGGAGAUCCAUGAGGAGAUCGUCGGGGACGCCAUAGCAGCGUGCCUCGGGCCAGUGGACACAGGGCAGGGCCUGGUCGAGGCCCUCGAGGCGGAGCUCGACAGGCUGCUGUGGGAGCGGAAGGAGGUCGAGCUGGUGUUUCAUGCCUGGCUGUCUGGCGCGGAGCAGCUGUGCGAGAGUCUCACGCAGGCCCGGGUGCAGAUCGCGGCGCGCAAGGCGCAGGAGGCCUUCCGGGGCGACAAGCUCGCCGCCGACGACGUGCUCGCCCUGGCGCGCGCCUUCGAGGACCACCACCGCGCGCUCGCCGGCGGCGCCGGCCCGGUGCUCCUGGGAGCCCCCGGCGUGGAGGCCUCUGUGGCCGCCCACCGCGAGCGGCAGCUGGAGGCACACCUGCUGCACACCGUGCUCGCGAAGAGCAGGGAGUGGCUGCCGCUGCGCAGCAAGGGCACCAUGAGCAGGCGCUGGGCCGGGCGCGCCGCGGCCGCGCUGCUGCACCGGAGCUUCCACGCCGCGCUCCUCGCGCUCGCGGAGGGCGCGGCGGAGGGCGGCGCCGGCGCGCCCGAGGCCGCGGGGGCGCUGGAGGCGGUGCGGGAGGCGCUGCGGGACUUCAGACCGCUGAAGUACGACAAGGACUGCAACUUCCUGCUGUACUUUUCUGGCAGGCUGGGGCGGCUGCUGGCGAGGCCCCCGCGCCCAGUCGCGGUGGUGCUGACGAGCUCCCACGGGGCGGGGUACUGCUCCGCGGCCCGGGGCCUCGAGGCGAGCCUGUCGGGCAAGGGCCUCGAGGUCCACGUGGUGGACCUGUCGAGGGACGCGGGCUCCUUGGAGUUCGAGCUCGUGGGCCAGCUGCGGCAGCGCGCGGGGCCCCCCGAGAACAAGCAGUGCACCGCCUUCGAGGACCUGCUCGCGAGGCGGCAGCUGGCUGGGGCGGCCAGCGGUGCGGGGAAGGAGCCGGGCGCUGCGCUGGACGACCCAGACGACACCGGGAAGGCGGACGGCGGGAGGUCCGGCAUCGCGGGCCCGAUACGGUCGCCGGACCAUGACAGCAUUUUCAAGAGGAUGCUGCGCGGGCACUUCCUGAGCCUGCGCCCCGCCCUCGUGGUCACGGUCUACCACGCGGACCUGAACCCGAUCCUCGCCCUGUGCGAGGAGCUCGGCUCCCUGCCGCUGAUCCACCUGUCGCCGGGCCUGGAGGCGAGGAUCUGGGAGGUGUUCGGCAGGGCCGCGCCGAUCUACCCGAAGUUCAGCGCGGGGGUGCCCUUCGACGUGCCGCUGUCCUGGGAGACCCUCUUCCCGCUCUCCACGCACCAGGUCUUCCUCGCCGGAUACCCCGUGCGCCCCGAGUUCCUGCGCCCCGCCCCCACGCGCGCCGAGUGGGAGGCGCUCAGGCGGCGGCGUGGCCUGCGGGAGGACGAGCACGUGGUGCUGGCGAUGGUGGGACACGGCGCCCAGGAGGCGGCGUGGCCGCAGCUGCUGGCGAGCUCCGCCGCCUGGGGCCUGACGUGCAGCGCCAGGGACGUGCUGCCGCGGCCGCCGCGCGGCCCCGCGGACCCCCGCGCCGCGGGCCGCGCCGACAGCGGCGGGAGCAGCCCGCGCUCCCCCGGCGCGCGCGACGGCCCGGCGCGCGCCUGCGCCGGCGGGCCCGCCGGCCUGCCGCCCGGGCCCGCGGCGGGGCCGGCGGGCGCCGCCCAGCAGUCUGGGCGGCUCGGCCUGCUCGGCGGCGCCGCCGGCCGCGGCGACAGCCAGGUGCCUGCCGUGCCGCAGGCGCCUGGCCGGGAGGACAGCGGCGCAGGCCCUCCGUCGCCGUCCUCCACGCACACGGAGGAUAAGAGAAGCAGCGCGAGCGGGGACGGGCUGGGGCACCGCGGCGCCAGAGCCUGCGAGGAAGUUGCCUGGACGGACCCGAGGCUGCGGGUGGUCGUGGUCGCUGGGAAGAGCACGCAGCAGGCGCGGAGGGCAGAGAGGGACCUUGGCAUCCCUGCUGGGGCCAGCCGGCCAGCUGGAUCCAACGCCUUGGUCGCGGUGGAGAUCGCGUGCGACCCUGGCGGCUACGGAGGCGGCUCCACGGUGCUGGGCGCUGGCGAGCUGGCAGACUUGAUGGACGUCGCCAGCGCCGCCAUCGUGAGGCCGAGCGGGAGCGCGGUGUUCGAGCUCGUGUACCGCGGCGUGCCGAUGGUGCUGGACCUGCCCCGGGGCGCCUCCGCGACGGAGGAGUUCGCCGCGCAGAGGCUGGAGGAGGCCGGGCGCGGGGUCGUCCUGCGCGGCAAGGCCCCGGGCGCCCUGGAGGCCGCCCUGCGCAGGGCCCUGGCGCUGGGGCGCGACCAGGCCCUGGCCGCGGACGGCAGCGGCGCCCUGCUGCAGACGUGCGAGCGGCUGCUCCGGCGGGCCGCCGCGCUGAGCGGCCAGGCCUUCCUGGGCGAGCGGGAGGCGGCGCCGCCGGCCAAGGCGGCCCCGCCGCUGGCCUUUGUGCUGCCUCGCCAGCAGUCUUUCGGCAGCCAGGCGGCGCCUGCAUCGCUGGCGGCAGCGCCGCGGCAGCCGCCGCAGGCCUCCGGAGACCUGCCUCCCACGUGGCAGGGCCCUGCCCCCGUCGCCGCGGCGGGGGCGCCCCCGAGGGUGCCAAGCGCUCCGCCCCAUCGCAACAGCGAGCCAGCGGCGUCGAGCAGGGCGGAGGUGCCCAUCGUGAAAGCCAGCAGCUGCUUCCAGGUGAUCUAGCCAUCAGGGAGGAGGUGCACAUCGUGAAGUUCAGCGGCUGUUUCCAGGUGAUCUUGCCGUGCUGCGCUGGGUGCCAUGUGGGCAGUCGCGCUCUUCCGUGCCUCUCCUCGUGACUUCUGGAGCUCCCCAG